AUGCAGUGCACAAGUGUGAUACAUAAUUUCAGACAAUCGACAUUCGCAUCGCUACCGACGCGACGCUCCCAGAUAAUGACGUUUUUACAAACAUUGCAUCAAUUCUGGUACUGGAGUUUAAUAAGUGAUGGGUUGAGCGGUGAGGGACUGCAGUCAACUUUGCUGAGUAUAGAAACGAAAUUCGCUGGUUCGAGUUGUAACGAUCUCGUCACGUCCGAUGGAUCUGGAUCGACAAUAAUCAGUGGCCACUUUGACAAGAGGAUACGAUUCUGGGAUUCCAGGGCCGAAUCCAGCUCGAAUGACAUACCUCUACAAGGGAAAAUCACAUCCUUGGAUCUGUCACGUGAUGCAAAUUAUCUUCUUAGUUGCGUGAGAGACGAUACGGUCAAGCUUCUCGAUCUUCGGAUGAAGCAGAUUGUUGUUUCAUUCAGCGCCGAUGGCUUUAAAGUUGGUUGCGAUUGGGCACGAGCCACUUUCAGUCCUGACGGUCAAUACAUCGCAGUUGGCUCCUCCGAUGGAUCGGUUUACGUCUGGUCCGUUGCUACAAGUAAAGUGGAAACCGUUCUCAAAGAUCAUUCAUCGGCAGUAACGGCGGUAUCAUGGCAUCCACAUGGCACUUUCUUGGCGUCGGUGGAUAGAGCGAAGAAGGCAACAAUUUGGGAUGAUCAUGUUUGACACGAAGAGUUAUCCUGAAAUGGACAAUUAAUCGCCUUGUCUAAAGUCUCGAAAGUCCUUUUUCAGGUAGCUGAUAACAUAAACGAACACUGGUCCCUGCAAUCUGUUGCAUCCUUAAAACGCAGUUACAUCACAAGAGAGAAACUAAA